GGUAGACCCUAUACUUAGCCACGAGGCAGAAUCUGAGAUAUCGAUACGAAUCAGCAAUAAGUGACUCUGCCAGCUCUCAAAGGGUUUGCAUUUCGUGCGCGGGGCAUUGUCUGUGAUCUCUACGCUCUUUUCCUGCCAAAUUUCAACCAAUGGUUCCUUCAAUCGACCAAGUCGAGGAAUACUUUCAGUCUCUCGAACGCUAUCUGUCAGAUUCUCUGGCGGCCGCCUCGCCUGGUCUUCCAAACGUCCGAGAGGCCGUUCACCGUCUUUGGGUUGAUAUCUCUCGCUUUGGGCCACCCGGUCUUCCUUCAUUCCCUGCCAUCCAUGUCCCCGGUCUUGGGGCAUUCGAGGUUCCUCCACCCCCGCCUCCACCUCCACCCCCGAGGACUCUCAUAGAGAAGGCUGGUGAUUGGAUCAUAGAACAUCCAUUCAAGAGCUCUGGAAUAGCAGUAACAGCUCUCGGAGCUGGCCUACUUGCUGGCUACACUACCUUCCGUAUGACGCACGCCCAUAAAAGAAGAAUUAGGUCGACUACUGUCACUCCCGAGAAACGGCAGGUUGUUGUCGUGUUGGGCGGUGAUCACCCUCUGGGUCUCCCUCUUAUCAUCGAACUUGAGCAGAAGGGGUACAUCGUUAUCACUAGCGUUUCCACACCGGAAGCUGUCGGUAGCAUUGAAAGCAAAGGGCAUGGAUAUGUCCGAGCUCUGGUCCUUGACCCCAAUGAGCCUGGCACGAUCCCGAUCUUCCUUCGGUCGCUUGCAUCUACUUUGUCCCGACGUUUUCCAAUCACAGCAGCUGGUGACCCAUAUGCAGCCACCCCUUAUCAUCCCCUUAUCCACUCCAUAAUAUCUCUACUCACACUGCCGAUCCCCUCUAUUCAUACGGCACCAACCCCCAUUGAACAGCUAUCUUUACGGAGUACAUAUCUUCCGCAUCUUCUCUCGACGCACUUUGCACCCCUUCAAGCACUUCAAGCACUCCUACCAUUACUCCGCGCGGAUUCCCAGCGUGCGCGUGACCGCAAGUCCAUCAUUGUGUGUCUCCCCGCUGCUGAUGCACGUGUUGGACUGCCUUUCGGCGGAGUCAGUGCCAUGAGCGCAGCUGCCACUCUUCGUGCAUUGGACGUCUUACGCCGUGAGGUUGCUGUAGGACAAGGCAUGAGCUCUAUCCGCAUUGUUGCUGUUGAUGUGGGCGUUGUUGGUGAACCCUCCGUCUCCGGUCUUGCAAAUCCACAUGCAAUGAACGAUUGGACCCUCUCAGAGAAAGCAACCUAUGGUCAAGCAUUCAUUGCACUCGGAGAAACUAGCAUGGGACAAUCUCGCAGUCCAGAGGACGUUUCUGUCCUCGUGAAUAAUAUACUUGGCGUCGUCAGUUCCGGAACGAAGACCAAGAUGGCGAGUAAAACGAUCGGCGGUAUCCGCGUUGGUGUUGGGUACGAGAAAAUUAGAGAUUGGAUUCGUGGCGACCGAUUUGCUGUUGGUGCUGGUGCAGGGACAUACACGUUUGCGUCAUUCCUCCCUAGCAUGCUGCUAGACGGAUUGCUGAGUCUGCCCCACAUAUUGGUCGGCGUCCGCAAUUGGCUCUUGCCUGUGCCUCCUGCCCAGCCACCCACGGUCAUAAAGGCGGCUCGCAGUGUUCCAUCCUCUGCCGUGGUUCCUGUAGCUCUACCACCGUCUUCCUUGACAGUGAGCAGAACGUCCUUGGCUCUACGUCCGUCACCUUCGGAGGCAGCUGUGCCGGCACCUGAGCAGGCUGAGCCUCUUUCAGAGCCUGAAGAUAUAAAUGGACAUGAGACAGGCUCAGAGGCUGACUUCGAGAGCAAUUCUGGCGAUGGCGAUGCAUCUACGGUGGAAAGCAGCUGGGUGAGCUUGGGAUCUCGUGGCUCCACUGAUUAAGGUUCAACGUUCAGGUCUUGCAACGGUCUGCUUUGUGUAAUGUGGUAAUGUGAUAAUUGGCAAGGAUUCUGAUCACUGGUGCUGUGUUUGUCUUACAAUUGUACUUUUAUUCGUAUUCUGUGCAAAUUUUGUGUCCAAGAAAUAUUACUCGUGCUCGCAGCACGUACAUACAAUGUGCAAUUCGUUUUCCUGCGGACACUGCUAUGUGCUGAAAUUCGAGGACGUGAGACAUGAUCGUCGCCUG